GCCCCGAGGCAGCCCGGGACCUCUGCACCCCAGCCUGCCCGACCCGCCCAGGCCGCCCCUCCCGCCCUCGCCAUGAGGCUUUCGCUCGCGCUGCCCGUCCUGGUGGUGGUCCUGGCCAUGACCCUGGAAGGCCCAGCCCCAGCCCAGGCGGCCCCAGACAUCUCCAGCACAUUGGAGGGCCUACCGGAUAAGCUGAAGGAGUUUGGGAACACCUUGGAGGAUAAGGCCCGGGCGGCCAUUGACCACAUCAAACAGAAGGAAAUUUUGUCCAAGACCCGAAACUGGCUUUCAGAGACAUGGAGUAAAGUGAAGGAGAAGUUCACGACCACUUUCUCCUGAGCCUGGAAGACCACGCCUGAGCAAGGACCUGUCCAUGAGACCCCAGGUCUCUCCUUGCCUCACACCAAUAAAAGUCCUAUGGAGAAUUGC